AUGAGGAUCUACCAGUUGUUGGUCAGUUGUUGGACAGAGCUUCCAAAGUAUUACGAACUACCAAAUGAUGUGGUUAUUGUUCUCAGUUAUUACGGGAACAACAAUUUUGAGGUUGUCGGGUUUAAAGAGAUAACUGCAUUCGAGGAAUUACCAAAUUUUCAUAGUAGGUUCAUCAACCAUAAAGAGAUAUAUGCAUUUGAUGUCGAUCUUUCACCAAUUAGUAUGUCAAUACCAAAAAUAAAAUUGCAGGCAGAGUUUGAAGGUUGUUGA